UACAGCAUUUGUUUGGUGUAAAUAUUAGUGCGGAAAAAGUUUCACCUUUGUUUCAGUUAGAGCCCUAAUUGUUCCUAGAGAUUUCGGAGAAUUGAAAACACAAUUUGGCCAGCCCACCGUUUUCCGUUUUCUUCUCCGACCUUCGUGUCGACUGAGAAUGGCAAACAUAAACAGCAAAGAUGAACCAAGUACAGCGCCACAGCCAGAUCGGUGGUACAAUUUGAGUCUAGGUUCUUCCUUUAAAGACCACCAUCCUUCCUCCAAGUUCUGUACUUUACGCUAUGAAUUUAAACCUGCUUCAAUUGAUAAAAACCAACCUGGAAAACUACACAAGACCAAGGACAAUAGAAUUUCUGUUGAAUUUCAAAAUAACCAGCCUGGUAAACCUAAGGUCGCCUUUGAUGGAAGUAGUGAGGAUUACAAGGAAAAUGAUGCUGUUCUUUUCUUUGAUGGUGAGUCCUUUCGGUUGGAGCGGUUACAUAGGGCAGUUAAGCGGUUGAGGUAUAAUCGACUCCCCGGAGAAUCCGCUGCGGCAGCAGCACCUUCACCCACACCCGCAUCAGCACCUGCUCCUGCUCCAGUUGGAAUGCCUGCAGAGACGAGUUCACCACCAGUUGCCAAAGGGGCUAAAUUUCAAUCUCUUAAUAAGCCUGCAGUUCUUGCGCCUGCGGUACCAGUUGAGGUGGAAAGGAUCGAAGUUGGUGACUUUAGAAGUUCAGAUUCAAGACCCAAAAAUGAGAAGAUUGCUGAAUAUCCAUCCUCACAUGCAAAUCAGUCAACCGCAUCACCAGACAUGAAGUAUGAUGACCUAGAAGAACCAUUGGAUAUACUGAAUGAUGACGAGGAUGAUACUACAGCAGCCAAUGGUGGGAAUGUUACUGUGGAAGAAUUCAAAACAGACAUUGAUAUUAAUAUCCCACACCAGAAUUAUUCAGAUGAUGAGAUAGCUGAUGUAGAUGUAAGUGAUGAUGAUGAGGUUAAGGGUCGCAAUGCCGCAGAAGAACUUAGAGCUCAGGUAAAUGCAGAGGGGAAAGAGAAUCAUACUUCGAGUUCUAGCAGUAGUAGUGGAAGUGACAGUAGUGGAAGUGGGAGUGGGAGCGGGAGUGGGAGUGGAAGUGGAAGUGAUAGUGCAAGCAGCAGCAGUGACAAUGAAAGCAGCGACACGGUCAACUCUAUCUGAGAACUUGAAAUAUUUUGGGUGGUGAAUAAUUCAAAGAGAAGCCACUACAUUGCUUUUAGGUUCAGUUGAUUGAAAAUGCAGUCAUAGGAUCAGGCCAAAGCUCUGUUGGCAUGUCCUCUUAUUUUGCUGUUCUUGCAGUAUAACUUUCCCGUUUCUGCUAUGCUCCUAUUUAUCUCAUUUUUGGACUUUUUAUGUAACAGUUACAGAAAAGUGAAGAAGUUUGUAUGACAGAAAAGAUUAUUACUGUAUCUGUAUUGUAAACCUUCAUUUUCGUUAGUUGAUGGUACAAAGAAUUUCCUUUCAAGGAAUAUCAAUAUAGUUAGUGCAUGUGAGCU